GUUUCGGCACCAUUCUCCGGGAGAGUAGACUCGACAUUUGCCGCAAGUAAUGUUAGAAAGGAGUGGAGUAAAUGAGAACGAAAACUCUUAUUUCGUGUGGAUUAUUUCUGGAAAAACAAAGCCCUACCAAAACGGAAACUAGUACAACAUUAGAAACAACAUACAAAGAUUGGAAUAAUACGGUCGCUGUCUACAGGACCAAACCCAUGAUGUACCUCGCCUGCUCUGCAGCCCCACCAACAUCCAGUCUGUAGAGGAAGCGGCCGCACCAGCAUGUCCUCCCACCCCCAGUCUGUGCCUCAGGGCCGGAGGGCUGUGGACAUCCGCCACCUGCCAAACCCUGCCAGUCUACCGCUGCAGCUGGCACGGGCACACACGGAUGUGGGACUGGUGGACUACCACCCUCACUCUCGGGACUACAGCUCACACCUGGCUCAGCCCCACCGCCGCCGGCCCUCUCUGCUGUCUGAGUUCCAGCCAGGGAAUGAGAGAGGUCAGGAGCAACACAUCCGCUAUGAGCACAUCUACUUACCUGAGCCCAACAACCAAUCAGAGGUGGAGUAUGUUGAGAUAAAGCGUCCCCGCCUGGACCUUGGGGCGGAGUCUCUCAUGAGGCACUCAUCCCACCGCCCACAACUUCCUCUGGGAGGCGCUGAGGACAUGUCAAAGGACCGGGGCAGCUCCAUGGGGAAGCUGGAGCCCAUCUCCCCCGUCAGCCCGGCCCAGAUGGACCCAGAUCUGGACCUGGUGCCAGCCCGCUUCUCCAAGGAGGAGCUCAUCCAGAACAUGGACCGUGUUGACCGGGAGAUCACCAUGGUGGAGCAGCAGAUCUGCAAGCUACGCAAGAAACAGCAACAGCUGGAGGAGGAGGCAGCGAAGCCCCAGGAGCCGGAACGGUCUAUGAUCUCCCCCCCGCCCAGUGAGGCCAAGCACCGCAGCCUGGUGCAGAUCAUCUAUGACGAGAACAGGAAAAAGGCAGAGGAAGCGCACAGGAUUCUGGAAGGACUGGGACCCCGAGUAGAACUGCCUCUGUACAACCAGCCAUCUGACACCAAGCAGUACCAUGACAACAUAAAAAUAAACCAGGCGAUGAGGAAGAAACUCAUUCUUUACUUCAAGAGGAGAAACCAUGCUCGUAAGCAGUGGGAACAGAAGUUCUGCCAGCGUUAUGACCAUCUGAUGGAGGCCUGGGAGAAGAAAGUGGAGCGCAUUGAGAACAACCCCCGGCGCCGGGCUAAGGAGGGCAAGGUGCGAGAGUACUACGAGAAACAGUUCCCUGAGAUCCGCAAGCAGAGAGAGCUGCAGGAGCGCAUGCAGAGCCGGGCGGGGCAGCGUGGAGGAGGACUGGCCUCAUCUGCAGCCCGCAGUGAACACGAGGUCUCUGAGAUCGUUGACGGCAUAUCAGAGCAAGAGAACACCGAGAAGCAAAUGCGCCAGCUUGCGGUCAUCCCUCCCAUGUUGUUUGACGCCGAGCAGCAGCGCAUCAAGUUCAUCAACAUGAACGGUCUGAUGGACGACCCCAUGAAGGUGUACAAGGACCGGCAGGUCAUGAACAUGUGGAGCGAGCAGGAGAAGGACACCUUCCGCGAGAAGUUCAUCCAGCACCCAAAAAACUUUGGCCUGAUUGCUUCUUUCCUGGAGAGAAAGACGGUGGCAGAAUGUGUCCUCUUCUACUACCUGACCAAAAAGAACGAGAACUACAAGAACAUUGUGCGCAGGAACUACCGGCGCCGUGGCAGGAGCCAGCAUGGCCAACAGCAGCAGCAACAACAGCAGCAGCAACAGCAACAACAACAACAACAGCAGCAACAGCAGCAGCAGCAACAACAGCAACAACAACAACAAGUGAACCGCAGCAGCCAGGAGGACAAGGAGGAGAAGGAGAAAGAGAAGGAGGGAGAGAGGGAGGAGGAGAAGACUGAGGGGGAAGAAAAGGAGGAUGUAAUGAAGGACGAUACCUCUGGUGAGGACGGGGAAGACAAAGAGCCCACGGUGGCCUUAAAGGGUCGCCGCACGGCUAACAGCCAGGGCCGGCGCAAGGGCCGCAUCACCCGCUCCAUGACCAGCGAGGUGGAGGAGACCGCCACACCGCCGCUCAGCGGUGACCUCGCCAAUCUGGAGAUGAAUGAGAGCUCUCGCUGGACUGAGGAGGAGAUGGAAACCGCCAAAAAAGGUCUUCUCCAGUAUGGUAGGAAUUGGUCAGCCAUCGCCAAGAUGGUGGGCUCCAAAACUGUGUCCCAGUGCAAGAAUUUCUACUUCAACUAUAAGAAGAGGCAGAAACUCGACGAGAUUCUGCAGCAGCAUAAAAUGAAAUCGGAGAGAGAGCGUAAGGCGCGGCGUAAAGGCAAAGCUCUACAAAGUGAAGAGGCCAGUGCCCCGUCUGCUGCCGAGGAGGAGGAGAUGGAGGGCUCCGGGGCCAGCGGCAACGAGGAUGGAGAAGGUGGUGCUAACAACAGCUCUGACACAGAGAGCCUGCCCUCUCCGCGUUCCUCUGAGGACAGCAAGCCUAAAGAGGAGGGUAGUGGCAGGGCCAAAGCUGGCUCAGACUCUGGGGACAAGGAGGCCUCAGGUUCCCACAUGGGCCAGCGAGGAGAUGAGAAACCCCCAGGAGAAGUGGGGAAUGCCAUCAAGCAGGAGGUGAAGACAGAGGCAGAAGAGGGCAGCAAGGAGCAGCCAAGCGAAUCCACAGACCGAGACAUGAAGCCCCCCACUGCAGAUGCAGAGGAGAGCAAGAGCUCAUCCAAGAGCUCCAAGAGGGACCAUGGGCCCAAGACGGGCUCCCACGCAGACAGUGACUCUAGUGCCACCUGCAGCGCGGACGAGUUGGAGGAGUUGGAUAGUACAGAGAAGAACAGGAUGACGUCUCCCAGCCGUCCCAGCCUGCUGAACUAUGCUCAUGAUGGGGUCAUCUCCUCCCCCCUGCAAAAGCCCAUGGAUCUGAAGCAGCUCAAACAGAGGGCUGCUGCCAUCCCCCCUAUUAUGCCCCAGAUGCCGGAUGGUGGACCUCGGGGUGGGUGUAGUAAGGCUGAGCUGCCCCCCCAUGCCCUGGCUCUCUACCAGCAGCAGAUCACCAUGGCUCAUGGAGAGUCCUCCCAGGAGGCCAAGCAGCAUGCAGGUCAGCCCAGCAAACAGCACCCCUACCCAGCGCAGGGGGACCCCCAUAACAUCAGCAGUCCCCGCGUCCACCCACGCAGCCCCUCCGCCAGCGACAAGGACGAGCUGGAAGGCAACGAGAGGUGGCUGCAGACUCUACUUCACGGAUUACAUAAGUCCCGGGCCUUCUCUCCUCAUGGUGACCCUAAGAAGCAGCCGGUGGGGCCAGAGGACCUGAGGGCCACUACCCUGGGCCGGCCCAUCAUGUCCCCCUACCCAAUGUCCCAUCGAGACAUGGCCAAGCUCAGCCACGACCAGCACCUACUCCACUAUAACUCCUCUUUCCAGCAGGCUGGCCACUCUGGGCCCCCUGGUCUGCAGCAGGAUGGUGCCAGAUUGGCAGCGGUGCUCCCCCUCCAUAUGCCAGAGCCACCCCCUCUCAUCUCCUCCAACAAGCCAGGGGGGUCUAUCACACAGGGCACCCCAGUGCAGCUGCAUAGCCCGGCUCAUGGGAUGGACCAUGGGAAGAUGCCCCCUGUACAGAUGGGUUUGUCCUGGAUGGAUCAGAGGAAAGUGGGUGAGUCCAAGUGUCUGGAGUGGGUGCAGCACUCCCAGCCUUGGUUUGCUGGUCCCUACCCGGUGGUGAAGCAGGAGCAGCUGUCUCCACGGUGCCCGUCAUCCCUGGCAGAGAACCUGUCCACGCAGGGGAUGCCCCAUGACGCCAAUGCUGGACGUGGGUCUUUGCCAGCAGUGCAGGGGGGCAGCAUCACAAAGGGCAUCCCAGGGACCAGAGUGCACCAGGACUCCCCCAUCUCCUACCGGGGAGGCUCCAUCACCCAGGGCACCCCGGCAGAUGUGCUGUACAAGGGGACCAUAACCCGUCUGAUCACAGAGGAUAGCCCCAGCAGAGCAGAGAGGGAGCGGGAUGAGCUCCUGUCCAAAGGACACGUGGUCUAUGAGGGCAUCAGUGGACACAUCCUCACCUAUGACCGCCCACCCUCUCAGAACCCUAAAGAUGACGGCCGGGGCCAGCCUGGGGAGAUCUUGGGGCUGAAGCGCCCCUAUGAUGUCAGGGGGUUGCCCAUGAGGGAGACACUGUCUGCAGCUAACUGUGAGGGUCUGAUAGGCAGAGCCAUAUCACACGAGAGAGACAACCCACAACCAACCCACCACAUCCGUGGUUCCAUUUCACAGGGUAUCCCCCGUCACCUGGACAUCCAGGAUGGCUACAUGAGACGGGAGGCCAAGCAGAUGAAGAGAGAGGGCUCCCCUUCCCAAGGGACUGGCCAGAUGGCUGAACCCAUGAAGGGUCGAGAGGCCAUUGUGCCCACAGUGAAGGAGGGGGGCCGAUCCAUCCACCUCAUCCCCAGAGAGGAGCUCCGACUGAUGCCCGAAUGCAUGAUGAUGCCCAAGGCUGGCAAAGAGGGCAUCAUAGUACAGGGCACUCCUAUGAAGCAGGAGCAGGGUAGCUCAAGGAAGGGGCACGACGUUCGUUCCAUAAUCGCCAGCUCCCCCCGCUCCCACUACGGCAUACCCUCCCACCUGGAGAUGAGGGGGCCUGAGCAGCGGGGCCGCUACGAUGAGGGUCCUAAGGGCCGUCCCAGCGCUGUGGUCAACACGGCCAGCUCCAUGGCUCGAUCCUCGCCCCUAGCAAUGGGGGGUGAGCAGGGUGGCAAGGCUCACCACAGCCCUGUGGGUUACGAGGAACACAAGGGCGGCAUAAGGGCUCCCUACCCUGGACCUUCUCACCGAGGAUCUCCCCUGUCAGGCCAGCGGCAGCAUGAAGGCUCCAAUAAGAACCAGCCUCAGGAGCGCAAGGCCACACCCACCCCUCGGGAGAUGAGCUCCGGCAAGUCACCCCUGCCGGGCGUUGCCGAGCAGCAGGCCCAACAACAACAGGCGUCCCUGGUGUCGUACGAGCGUCUGCUGCAGGGUCUGGGGGCCGACGUAUACCGAGGACAGAUCCCCCUAUCCUUCGAUCCUGCCUCCCUGCGUCAGGGCAUCCCCAUCGACCCAGCCUACUACCUGCCUCGCCACCUGGCCCCUAACCCUGGCUACCCUCACCCCUACCCCUACCUGAUCCGUGGCUUCCCCGACACGGCAGCCCUGGAGAACCGCCAGACGCUGCUCAACGACUACAUCACCUCCCAGCAGAUGCACCAGUGGCCUGCAGCCGCCGCUAUGGCUGCCCAGCGCUCAGACCUGCUGAGAGGGCUCUCGCCACGGGACCAGCCCCUCCAAAUGCCCUACUCUGCUGCCCCACGCGGGAUCAUCGAUCUGUCUCAGGUGCCACACUUACCUGUCCUAGUCCCUCCCUCUGCAGGGUCUUCCGGCUCCCCCAUGGACCGCAUCACUUACAUCCCCGGGGGCCAGGGAGGCUUCCCCACCCGGCCUUACAACACCUCCCCCAUCUCACCAGUUGGGCCCCAACACAUGAGCAAGCAGCACGGCACACCAUCUACUGACCGUGAGAGAGAGAGGGACCGUGAGAGAGAGAGGGACCGUGAGAGAGAGAGGGACCGUGAGAGAGAGAGGGACCGUGAGAGAGAGAGGGAUCGUGAGAGAGAGAGGGACCGCGAGAGAGACCGUGAGAGAGAGAGAGACCGCGAGAGAGACAGGGAGCAGGAGAGAGAGCGGGAUCGUGAGAGACAGCGAGACAGAGAGCGGGACCGGGACAGAGAGAAGGGGAUCUCUCAUGGCAACGUGGAACAUGCCCCCAUCUGGAGACCAGGCACAGAGCACAGCUCCGGUGGUAGCAGCAGUGUCAGGCCCUCCUCCCACUCCGGCUACAGCCACCAGCACUCCCCGGUGUCCCCUCGUACCCAGGACAGUGUCCAGCAGAGGCCCAGCGUGCUGCACAACACUGGGGGCAAGAGUCUGCCUGUCAGUGACCACAACAACCCUUCUGUGCUAAGGUCCAUGCCAGGCUCCAAUCACUACCCAGGCUACAGCCACCUCCAGAGGACAGGGAUGCCUACUGAGGGCUACCCACCAAGCAUGGACCCCAAGGAAAUGGGCCGGGAUGGUGGCAAGAGCAGGGGAGGCCUUCCUAAACACACCCAAGACCAACAUGGGCCCUCUAUAUCCUCCAGCAAAUCUGACCCCAAGCUGGCCAACCCUAACCAAGGGGGUUACCCCGUGCCCUACCCCCAGGGCUCUGCAGCCUCUUACCACUCAGGCCGGCCCCCACCUCACCUGCUGCCCCCCCAGUCGGAUAGCCAUGUUGGCCGCGGAGAAAGUGGCCCACCUAGUAGGGAAAAGACUCAAAACAAACCGCUGUCCGUUCAGGAACACGAGCUCCGAUCACUCGGUAAGACCACCAUGACUGCGGCCAACUUCAUAAACGCCAUUAUCAUGCGUCAAAUUUCUUGUGAAACGGGGAUGCCAGAGACAGGCUCGCUCGUGGCCAACAGCGCCAGUGAUGCUCAACAAAAGAUGAUGCCCAUGGAGCAGCACGGUCCGUACCGGCCUCCCUCCGAGGAGAGGCUGUCCCCGGGCCAGCAAUCCCUGAUGAAAGGCAGCCAGAGGGUGGUCACCUUGGCGCAGCACAUCAGUGAGGUGAUCACCAAGGACUAUACCCGGCAGAGUCAACAGGCCCAGCAGCAGUCCUACCACAGCAACCCAGUCCUGGACCUAACCCGGCCCCUCAGCGCUCCCCAUGCCCUGCCUGCCUCCCAGGAGUCUAGUCAGGGACCUCGCUACACUCCAGAGAGGACAGGAGGGGAACGUACCCAAGAUGGGUCUCCUCAGCCCAAGGCAUCACCUGUCAGUAUGUCUGCAGACGGCAUUGAGCCAGUGUCUCCUGCAGGAGCAAUGUCUGAACCAGAUACACAAGGGGCCUCCUACCCCAACGAGCAGGGAGAGCAGGGCAUGGGCUCUCGCUCCCCUCCCAACACCCAGCCCCCAGCCUUCUUUAGCAAGCUCACUGAGAGCACCUCGGCCAUUGUCAAGUCCAAGAAACAGGAGAUGAUCAAGAAAAUGACCGUGGUCGGCAGUGAAACUGAUUUCAAUACUGGCCAGCCAGGAACAGAGAUUUUCAACAUGCCUGCCUCUACCACUGCAGGACCUGUAAGUAUCCGCAGCCACCCGGCUCCUGAGGCGUCCGGUAACACCAUAGGCCUGGAAGCCAUUAUCAGAAAGGCCCUGAUGGGCAAGUAUGAUGACCAGGCCGAGGAGCGCCCUCCCUCCUCCAAUGCUAUUAACUCCAUGGCUGCCAGUGUGCCUGCCGCUAAUCCUCUCGCUGACGGACGGACCGAGGACUCUUACUCACUACAAGGUGGGGGGAAGCCAAAGUGUAGCGGGCGCUCUAACGGGCGGAAGGCCAAAUCCCCCGGGCCGGGCCUGUCAGGGGGGGAGAGACCCUCCUCUGUGUCCUCUGUCCACUCUGAGGGGGAUACCAACCGCCGCACGCCCCUCAUCAACCGUGUCUGGGAGGACCGGCCCUCCUCCACAGGCCCCACUCCCUUCCCAUGUAACCCCCUGACCAUGCGUUUCCCCGGUGGCAUGCCAGUUGCAGCGCCCUCCCCCUCCCCUGGCCAGCUAGGGGUCCAGGGUCUGGGGCAGGGGCAGGGGCGGGCCUGGGAGGAGGAACCUAAGCCCCUGCUGUGUUCUCAGUACGAGACCUUGUCUGACAGCGAGUGAGAGACCCUGCCAUGGAACAGAACAGCACCUACCAACUAUCAACCACCUCCACUGCUGCUGCAGACACACACACACACACCACUCUACCCUCUCCAUCCCACUCUACCCUCUCCACCCCACUCUACACUCUCCACCCCACUCUACACUCUCCACCCAGGAAACGAGUGACCUCUUAGCCUCCCAUCUCACACUGCUGACUGAGCAUCUCAAGCGCUGAUGGUGGUGUGCUGAGACACUGCUGCUCAGUGAAUAUGUGUGUGUGUGUGUGUGUGUUGGUGUUUCUGUGUAUACAUUCACUCCAGGACUACUCUAAAGGACAAAUCACUUGUUUUUUUUACUUGCCCCCCCCCCCCUCUUGCUGGCCUUAUCAAUACGGACACAUCAAUUCACUCACUUUUUUGUGUACGUUUCUAGUGUCUUCUACGGAUUGUGGAAGGGACUUGAUACGGCCACAUAGUCUGAUGUUCAUGUGUUUUAAUCUGACCUGUUGAUGGAUUCACUGGCCCUGGACAAGGAUGGAUGUGUCCUCUGUUGUACAGGAAUCCUGCUCUACUCUGUCUGGGCUCUGUGAGCAGGGUUUCAACCUGGAGCUUCAACUUGGAGAAGCCUGCUGCCUCCACUGACCAUCUCGAUCUCUCAUUCUUUCUGCCAAUGACCCCAUGGACAUGGAGUUAACCACACUGAGCUCUGCAUGGAGAGGUCUGCUAGGGAAGUGGACUCCUUCACUGACCCAUGUCACUGUGCAGAUGGCAGUGGGACAGGCAGGUAGCCAGGCAAAUGGCAUCCAUAGUGCAGUAGAGUACAGUACAUUAGUGGACACUCGGCCGGUGCAUUUCUACCACUAUCAGAUGAUGGUUUGUUAUUUAGUUUUCUCCUUUUUAAAUCAAGUCAGUCCAGUCUUGUGUUUGAAAGUGAGCUGAGACCGCUAGUACUUUUUAUGGUGAAUUUUGAUGGUGUCAGUUAUUGUUUCUUAUUUGCAAUGAUUUAUCUUGGGGGGUACGUGGGAGGGCUAUAUCAUUGGUUAACAGGGUAUACAUGCUGUCCAUUGCUGACGAUGUCAUCAUACAUUUGAAAUGUUAUAAGAGGACGGUUUGUGGCGUAUGGUCUCCGGGCAUCCAAUAGAGAGAGUGGACUGUGGGUGUGAUGAAUGGCACUAAGAGACAAGUGACACUUUCUCACUCUUUGUAUAUGAAUCAUGUCUAUGUGUUUGUUGAGACUGUUUUUGGAUGUUAAGCACUUAGUUGUCAAUCUGUUCACAAUGGCAUUUUUAAGAAUGUGUGUUUCGGGCAGGUGAGAAUAGACUCAAGAAGAAGAGUGUAGAAUCCUACUAAUAGAAGCGUCCUCCUCCUUUAAUAUGUUUCAUUUGGUCUUGCCACAUACAUGAUUUAGUGUUCCCGCACUCAAGCGACAAUCACAGCUAGUGAAACAUGACCUAGUCCGCUUAGUGCGGGUCGAGACCAACCUUAAAGCUGCUUUAGGGCAAAUUACCCGGCAUUAGAGUUGGAAUGUGCUUGCAUUAAAGAGGUGACAAAUAAAAGCCAUCUAUGUUUCUAUGCCCCUUGGACCAUGGUGGUGCCGGCUGUGGCUGUAGUGUGAGCCCCGGCUGGCCAGCUGGAAGUCUGUCUCUAGGAUGGAAUGCCUAUUGUCUCUAAGAGCUGCCUGUUGUGACGGUCUGACCUCUGAACUUUUACUGUCUAGGGGAAGAGGAGCUCUGCCUCACCAGGCCAGACGCACAUUUUUAUCUAGACCCAAUUUUGUACAGUUCUAAGAUUCCUAGUGUUAAGUGCCAUUCAUUUUACAUAUACCGUAGUAGUUACCAAGUGACGCACACAUUUUUUUAAAUAUUUUUUUUCUACAUGCCAGGGUUAUAAAUGUUUAUGCAGGGAAAUGUUGAAACCAAGAGCAGAUGAAAUGUCCUUCUUUUGAUGUCUUUUGUUAUGUCCAAAUCUGUCACAGCCUUAGCGCUUAACUGUCACUGUCACUUACACAUGAUUUACAAUGGGAGCUGCUAACUUACUGUUGUGAAUGUUAAGAAAUGAAAAGAAGUUUAUUCUGUCUGAGGAUUGUAGAACUUGCUGCUGUCACAUCAGGUUACCAUGACAAUGGGCAACGACAUGGUUGAAUGUCCUCUUGCUCUUUGCAGGCUAAGCAAUAGCUAUAUAAAAGGUGAAUGCCAAGAAGAAAGAUGUAAAAAGGGUGCUGUUUGAAAGGCGAUCAUAUAAACAUUGCCCAAUUAGUUUUUACAAGCAACAUACCCUCAGUCCUUAGUGAAAGGUAUUAUAUUCUGGCAUGGUCCUGAUUCAAAGGAGGUUUAAACAGUCCAAAAGUUAGUGUUACAUUUGUGUGAUUAAGUUUUUGUCCAUUACAAUGAUGGUGUCCAUGGCUUGUAUUGACUGUUGAAGCCAGAGAAGCACAGCUGUUCUCAGUGUGACCUGUUUAGAGGGACUGCACUGCAGUGUGUCGUCCUGUCCACUAGUUGAGAGGGAGUUGAGUUAGUCAUGAUGGAGACGUGGUAGUAAUGAACGUGGAACAGUUGGACGGCUUUCACUCCUUCCUCUUCACUGGAUUACAUAACGUUUCUACUCUGGCUACCUAUUAUACUGGUCAUGGUUGACAUCUAAUCAGUCAAGGUGCAGCUAAAUGAAAAGGUAACUGGACCCAACCGACUACAAGGUAACCCCAGCUUUGUAUUAUAAGAUAGUUUGUGUCUUUACUUGUAUAUCAAUUGACUAUUCAUGAAGUCAUUGGGAGAGAGCAAAGUGACAGUAAAGUUUGACGUGACAAGAAGACAAAACCAUAUCCAGAUGUGUUAGCUAAAUAAAUAGCAGAGGAAAUGAGAAUAACCAGUUGUUUUUAAAUGUACUGAUGUGUAUUUGAAUGAUUUAUGCUUUUCACUCGUUUCUGUUUGUUCUUACACCGCUUGCUUUGAUUAUGGUCAUGACACUCUCCAUGCUAAUAGUUAGCAUUUCAUUUGUAAUGAAAGGAAUGUUUCAAAAUGAACGAAAAACCAAUUAAUCGAAGGGCCGAUAGGAUCCCUAUAUUGUCCACAGGUUGGGGCGGGCGACAUUGACAUUGAUCAACCAUAUUGUGCGUAAUGAUUUGUUUUUUUAAAAUAAUUAUAACCCACUGUAUAAUAGCCAGGAUUGUAUAUAGAACUGAAGAGAUGUAAAUAUAUAUGUGGCUUGCUGCAAGGUUGGUAUUUACAGAAAAACUAUUCACACUGUUUAAUUCUACAUGCCCACCAGCAACCUUUGUGGAUAGCAGUGUAACAAAAACAAAAAAACACUGCCUUAAUGUUUAAAUAAAAAUCUUAUUGCCAUUGAAA